AAUAUGUAGAAACUUCUCGUGUACAUCAUCUGGAACUUUCUACACACUUGUACUUCUGGCAUCAUCCUCUGGAAUUUUCUACACACACCUCUUUCUCCUUCGGCCUUUCCAGUAUCCAUUUGCCCCUCCCCCACGUCAAUUGAAUUGCUAUAAACCCCACUCCAUCCUCUUCUUCCUGCAACACGUGAACUUUAAUCGAAACAAGCUGAAACCUCUCACAUACGCUCUGUGCAAUUUCACAGAAAUGGCUUCGUCAUUGCUUCUAAGAAGAGCCACCGCCGCCACCCCUCUCUUGAACAGAAUCACCAACUCCAUUCGCUCCGCCGCUGCCGCUCCCUCUGUUUCUCGUUCGUUCAACACUGAUACUCAGGUGACCAACAUCGAUCAAGUUGACCAGAGUGUCGACACUGAUCGCCGCGACCGCUCUGUCUCUCGCCAAGGUGACUCUGUUACCAGCUUCUUCACAGAUGUGUUUGAUCCAUAUUUUCCAACAAGAAGCUUGAGCCAGGUCCUGAACCUAAUGGACCAGAUGAUGGAUACCCCUUUUCUUUCAUCACCUCGUGGAAGGGGUUCUGGAUCGCUGAGAGGAUGGAACGUGAAGGAAGACAAGGAGGCUUUGUACAUUCGAAUCGACAUGCCUGGUGUAGACAAGGACAAUGUGAAGAUCAGGGUGGAUCAGAACACUCUGAUCGUGAAAGGGGAAGGCGAAAAGGAAUCGGAGGAGGAUGAGCAUGGGCCGAUAUACUCGGGCAGGCUGGAACUACCUCCGAAUGUGUACAAGCUUGAUCAGAUCAAGGCUGAGAUGAAGAAUGGUGUUUUGAAAUUAAUUGUUCCCAAUGUCAAGGAAGAAGGGAGGAAAGUUCAUGAGGUCAAGGUAGAAUAAGGAAGUGGUUAGAGUGCUAUGUGAUUUUGAUUGUGUUAGAAAAUGUGGGGGGUGUUUUUGAACUUUUUUGGGUUUUGCCCUUUUCUCUAAAGGGUAGUGGGUGAUAAAUUUGUGAACAAUUGAUGUUUACUUUAAUCAAAUAUUGGAAUUAAAAUUGUGGCUCAAAUAAUGUGAAAAUUUCUCGAUGACUAAAGGGGUGACUUGUGUCUUAUGGUCAUGACCCUGCCUCAUAAGGGUGUCAAAUGUUUUGAGUAUAUGCUUUUAGUAGUUAAUUA